AUGGCUAUUCGCCCAAUAAGGAAUGGACGUAGUGGGACCCUUACUGAUGGCUACAUCACAAAAAGGUAUGUGCUAUUAGCUACUGACUACUUCACCAAAAGGGUGGAAGUAGAAGCAUAUGCGAGCGUAACUAACGUCCAAGUGAAAAAGUUCAUUUGGAACAAUCUAAUAUACAGAUUCAGUGUCCUAAGGUCCAUCAUUAUAGACAAUGGACCAAACCUGGAUAAUCAAAACACUCAGCGUUUCUUCGACAAAUACGGGAUCAAUCAAAAGGUGUCGGUCGUAUAUCAUCCACAAGGCAACGGGCAAGUAGAAAUAACUAACAGAACUAUCUUCACUUGUAUUAAAAAGAAGCUUGAAGAUAAGAAAGGAAAAUGGUUGGACGAGUUGCCAAAUGUCCUAUGGGCAUAA